AUGCAGGGUGCGGACUUCACGAGCGUCGCCACGCUGACCGCUCUCUACCUCGCCGCCUUUGCCGCCGCGCAGCGCUACGCCGUACACAAGAUGGGUACGAAGCUCGACGGCGGCUCGCCGCGCUGGCGCAACUUCCUCGGCCUGCUGCCGCAGGUCUGCGUGAUGCCCUCGCUGUGGGUAGCGUCCGCGCUCGUUCCAGGCUCGGCCUCUGUCUUCGCGGCGGUGUUUGCCAACGUGUUUGGGAGCAUGCUGCUAUUUGACCUGUGCGCGAUCAAGUACAACGCGAUGAUGCUUGCGCACCACUGGCUCUGCCUCGCCGGCCAUUGCUUUGCCAUGAGCGUCGCGCCCGAGGCGUUCGGCCGCUACUUUGGCGCCGUCGUGGCGCUAGAGCUCGGCUCGGCGACCAGCUGCUCCUGGUGGAUGUGGGGAGGCGAGUGGCCGCGCGCGCUGGACGCGCUGUACGGCGGCGGCAUGACCCUCUCCAACGGCCUCGGCGCUGCGCUGCUCCUCCGCUGGGCGCACGGCGCCACCUCGCUGCCGCUGCUCGCGCGGUGCGCGCCGGUGCCAAUCGUGGCCACGCUGCUCUUCUUUCGGCAAAAGGAGAUGGUCGCGCUGCUGCGGUACGGACGCGCCGUCUGCUCCACCUAG